AUGAGUGAGUGUAAGAGUCACAGCCGGCGCUAAGCCAAAAACAGCCGAACAAUGAAUGCGAUUGCGUCUUUCGCGAGGCUCGCAAGCUGCAGCCGUAUCGUAAUCUCUGGAAGCAUCCUGAGGGUCUCUCUUGGAUGACUCGAGCUUGCACGAUCACGCACCAUGGAGGAGCAGACCGCCGCAAAGGACGGCCGGCGCGCGUCAAUGUACGAUCCAGCCCGGGACAGCUUCUUAAAGGAGGAGCAGAACGUCGACCGCUCGGCAGAACGCGACUCGCUCGACCAGCUCCAACUGACAGGCACCGCCGCUUCUGUUGACCAGCAGACAUUAUUGCAUACUACCAGCUCUCCGACUCCACACUCGCCUCAUCGAGGUCACACUGAAUCUGAGGCCCUUCCAAAUCGAGACCAAGCUCCACACCAGAGACAACGCUUCCCUGGCGUCAGCGCUGGCUCGUCUCCAAAACCACACUCCCAUUCCCGCUCUCAAAAUCCCUCAAAUCGCGCCGCUACUUCCACCAAAGACUUGUCUCAAAAACAAACCAAAAAAAUGGCCGAUGAACUGAACGCACCGCAGGCAGGCGGCCAAGCGAACAAUACUGCUUCUGUAGAGCCGCAGCUGCACAACGGCUCCGCUGAUGCUCAAGCACAAUCGACAGAUGAAAGGAAAAAGAACGCCGUCGAAGAUGACAACUCUAGCCAACCUGCGAGCCAGUCCUCGCUAAAGCGUAGGCGUCGUGAGGAGAGACAUCAACGAGCGCCUAGGAACGAUGCUCCUUCAGCAUACUCGCGACGAGACCGCUCGCCUCGGGCUCGACGCUCAGAAUCGCCAAGGAGCCGAGCCGGGGAGUUCAGAAGAUCGCGAUCCCCACGACCUCGUGACCGGUCACCGACCCCUGAGGCACAAGCCAAGCAAAGGAAACGGCCUGGUGGGGGAGCACGUAUGGGCAUUGCUGGGAAAGAUGUGCUGAAGCGGCGACAGGAAGAGAGAGAGCGUGCUCAGCAGCAAGAGGUGGCAAAGGACUUGCAGGAUCGUGGCGUAUCCGAUGUAGUUCGUCAGCACUACAAUACCGUUCCUCAACGAGGUCGGGAAUGGAGAAAGACCGACAGCAAGAUCAAGGGACUUCGAAGCUUCAACAAUUGGAUCAAGAGCGCGGUCAUCCAAAAAUUCUCGCCUGACGAGGAGUUUGUGGCACACAAAACCGGCACGAAUGACUGGGCAGCUGAUGCUGGGGGUCCGUCAGUUGAAGAAAAGAAGCUUUUGGUAGUUGAUUUGGGCUGUGGCAAGGGAGGCGAUCUUGGAAAAUGGCAGCAGGCCCCUCAGGCUGUGGAUCUCUACGUUGGGCUGGACCCUGCCGAUAUAUCUAUCGACCAGGCCCGUGAACGGUACAAUGGAAUGAGGCAUGGUAAUCGCAACCCACGGAAUCGACGAGGCAAUCCUCUUUUCCACGCCGAAUUCGCUACCAAGGAUUGUUUCGGAGAGUGGCUAGGCGAUGUUCGCAUCAUACAAGACGUCGGCAUUGAUCCUAAUGUUGGGCCCGAUGCCAACCUCAUGAACGCUCGUUGGGGUGGCGGCGGCUUUGACGUCGUAGUGAGCAUGUUCUCGAUGCACUAUGCCUUUGAAUCCGAAACAAAAGCGCGCCAGAUGCUAAAAAAUGUAGCCGGUGCUCUCAAAAAGGGAGGACGAUUCAUCGGCGUGGGUCCGAAUUCUGAUGUCAUCAGCGCCAAAGUGGCCGAAUUUCAUACAAAACGCAAAGCAGAAAAGGACGCAGCUGAAGAAGAAACAACAGAGGACGGUGAAGUGGAAGAAGACAUCCCCAAAUGGGGAAACGGUAUAUAUCGGGUGAGGUUCCCAGGCAAGACGCCCGAAGAUGGGAUUUUUCGUCCACCGUUUGGAUGGAAGUACAGCUAUUUCAUGGAGGAAGCCGUUGAAGAGAUUCCGGAAUAUGUUGUACCGUGGGAAGCAUUCCGAUAUCUCACAACUGAGUACAAUCUUGAGCUCCUGUAUCGAAGACCAUUUUUGGAUAUUUGGAACGAAGAAAAAGACGACCCUGAACUAGGACCACUGAGCGAACGCAUGGGCGUUCGUGGCCGUGGCGGUGGACCGAUUCUCGUCACAGAUGAGGAGCUCGAGGCAGCAAGUUUCUACCAUGCCUUCGUCUUCCACAAGGACAUAAUAAUCAUGUCUUCUCGAGUAUCCUCCUCUCGCCACUCUCGCCACUCUCUCCUCCGCGACACCGCGACACCAUCACGCUCAGCUCACAGAAACAACGACGGCAAUCGCCCGCCGACGCCAGACUACGAACCCCUCUACGCCCCUCUCAACGCCGCUGGUCAACGCGCUCUUGCCGCGCUCCUAUCGGCGCCUUCAUUCCGCCAAGUGGCGCAGCACAUCCAACAAGCAAGCGACAAAUUGACCGAGACAGCUGCUGAAGUCAACGAGCGUGCUACAGAUGCAAGGAUUCAGUAUGAGAGCAAAAAACGAAAGAAACUCGCCGCGCGAAAGAAGAACAAGGCAGCUAUUCGGAAACAGCAGGGCGAUGACGAGGAUGAGAGUAAUGGGGAAGACGGAGAGGAUGAAGAGGAUGUUGCUGAGCUGCAGCGGCUGGAGGAAUUAGAAAGAAAAGUCAAGCAUACGACUACGCUGGCCGAGGAAAGAAUGCGCGGUGUGGUAGUUGAUGGGGAGUACCGUUUGAGCGGGCUCAAGAAUGCGAUUGAAGGGGUGCAUACAGAGGCCGAGGAGGAUGCUGCGGAAAGAAAACGACAGCAGAGGUUACGGAAUAGGAGACAUGCCGAUGAGGACGAAGAACUGCCGGAUGCUGAUGAGGAAGACGAGGACGAGGAUGAAGAGCCAGCUACAGUCAUACCUUCCCAAUUGCUGGAGGAGAAGAUACGCGCACAUCAAGCGGAAUGGGCAAGGCAAUCGUUGACACAGCGAUACGCCCACCAUAACAAUUACAUCGGCUUCUACCGCGUCGUCCACGAUGCGAAACACCCGGGCAAUGAAACGCCCCCUGUCCCGCACUCCUCUACCUGGUUCUCCCAUCUCGAAUCCCACUCUAGAUCCGGCAGCGCAUCACCAACCACGGGGCGAAUCCAGACACCAUCGGACGACGAAGACGACGACGAAAUCGCAAUCGAGCGCGAGCGCAUCUCGCUCACCUGCCCACUGACACUCCGCACCUUCGAAGACCCCGUGAAAAGCACCAAAUGCGUACACAGCUUCGAACGUCAAGUCAUCGAAGACCUCAUCCGCAACAGCUCGAUGACUGUGGCUGCUGGUGAUCAGGAUUUUCAAGGUGGCGGCGGCCGCAGUGCACGCGCCCGCCGUGUGCGCGCCGUGCUAUGCCCCGUUUGCUCGGUUUCUAUCACGCUGAAUGAACUGGCACCGGAUCCCGUGAUGCUAAGGCGAGUGCGCAGGGCGAAAGCGGCGGAGCAGAGGGAGGAAGAAGAGGCGCAGUUUGGGACCGGUCGGCAUCGGAAGGGCGGGCGGAAGAGUGGGUUUACUAUUACAUCUGACGACGAGGAUGUUAGUAUUGACGAUGACGAUGAUGAUGAUAACGACGAGAGCAGUGAUGAAGGGGAUGGUCGGAGGGCUCAGAGUAGGGUACAGAUUAAAAGGGAAAAGUCAAAGUCGAGGUUUUUGUCUCGGGCGCGUGAGGGUGUUGAUGAAAUUGAGGAUGAUUGAGGGAUACUUUUCUUGCCUUUUCUAAUGUCCCAAAUAAGAGAUUAUGUUUCAAUUAAUCAAUC